UAGACCGGAAUGUGUUUUUUAACAUUUAUUUGCGAUUUUAUAAGGAUGCGAAACGAACUUCCGUUAAGACCAGGAAGGUCACGACCGACCUUUCUCUGAAAUAUCCGACACCCACGAGUAGAAGUGGGGUAGGCCCUUACGGUCGAUAAAUUCAUCCUGGUUCCGAGAGAUUAGUAAAAGUAUCGAACGGGAUGAGUCAAAUUACCAGUUUCUACGAACUGGUCAAAGCCGUAAAACAAAAUAACGGCAUCGAUUCCCUGAGUGAGCAAGAGAUAGAAGCAAAAUUUAAUAGUUUAUCUUUAGCUUUCAAAACAGAUAAAUUUACUUUGUCCAAAAGAUUAGAGUUGCAUCAGAGACAAAGAGAUAUUGCUGAAAAAAAUGUUGAGACUGAGUUGAAUGCAUUGAAAACAUUGCUUUCUGAAUUAGGUCAUCAUUGUUAUGAAGGAGAAUCAAAAGAAUUAAUUUCUAAAAUGCAAAAUCAUAUUGAUAUCAUUGAACAGUCAACUUCCAGAAUAUCUUGUCGUUCAGAAAUUUUUGGAGCUGUACAACAGGUAAUAUCUAAUAAUGAUUUUUAUAAUAUAUAA